AACCAGUGUUGUCCCGUGUGUGUUUAGACUGUUCAACCAACGAGGAAGUUUUUAACGUCAUGGGUGAAAACUCCUCCACAAAAGCGAGGCAUGUUCUUCUGCUGUCGGUGGCUAUUGGAGUGGUCCUGUUGGCACUUGCCAUUGGACUUGGAGUUGGCCUAAGUGUUAGGUCAUCAGAUCGUGCUGGACAACAAGAGGAGAAACUGGUGAUCCUUGACGUGGACCCCGGGAUUGAUGACGCCAUCGCCAUGAUGAUGGUGCUAUCCCAGCCUGCAGUGCGCGUGCUGGCGGUCACGUGUGUGAAGGGAAAUGCGCGGGAAGUUCAGAUGGCCUCUCGGAACGCGCUGAGGAUUUUACAGGCUGCCGGGCGCAUGGAUGUCCCUGUGUACGUAGGGUCAUCUCUCCAACUCAUGGGGCACGACGUUUAUGAUCACACGUACUGGAACGGAGCUGACGGUUUGGGAGAUGUACCCGACACCAGCCCACCUGACUACAGCCUCAUCAAUCAAACAGAACACGCCGUUUUGACGUUAAUACGGAUGUCCAAGGCCUUCCCGAACCAGAUCACCCUGAUCGCCCUCGGUCCGCUGACUAACGUGGCGCUGGCCAGGAGGAUGGACCCGGACAUUUCCUCACGCUUCAAGGAGAUCAUCAUCAUGGGAGGCAACAUCAGAGGAGUAGGUAACAUGGACAUAGCUGCGGAGUUUAACUUCUGGAUGGACCCUGAAGCGGCGCAGGUUGUUUUACGGGAGUACAAGUGUCCCAUGAAGGUUGUACCGUGGGAGGUCUGUCAGGAGCACGGACUGGAAUGGGAUUUCUUCUCAAGCUGGUUAUCUGUGGACACGCCCAAGGCUCGCUUCAUCCGGGACAUCACGUACAACCUAACGCAAACACUACAACAUGACGGCAUGCUAACGUACGAUUCCUGUGACCCCUUGGCAACCGCCGUUGCCAUGGACAACGCCCUAGCACAGACCGUCUCUAAUGUGUACGCUACUGUAGAAACAAAGGGAGAGUUUACAAGAGCACAGAUGGUACCGGAUUGGGGAGGGUUGAGUCAGAAAAGCCCUAAUAUUGACGUCAUGCAAAACCUUGAUAUGACGCGGUAUAAAGAACUUUUGAUCGAAGCAGUAGCAUAAUAUGUUUGUGUACAGCAGUUUUACUUCUAUCAUUACAUGCAUGUUGGACUUUAACUUUCAGAAGUCAGUUUUGUAAGAGAUGAGUGGUAGACGUUUGGGCAGAUCUACUGAAGCUUUCAUCGGGAUCGUAAUGGGUCAAUCCCUUAGGACACGUGACCCCACCGAGACGGCGGCCGGUAUAGACUUCCCGUGUCCUAAAUGAUACGGUCCUUCACAGUCUAGAACACUUGACUAUCAGAUUCUAUUCCAGCAUUUACCAAAAUUAACUAAAAAGCAAUUUAAAUACACAAUUACUUGUGACAACCCCUACAUGCAGGGUUAUAUAUUAAAGAUUGUAUAGAUAUUAAAAACUCCUCCAAUGAUUGUAAAAGUUCAUAUUCAUACCUAUCGCAUAGUAGCUAACCACCCUAUUUCGUAUUAGUUUCAUAUUU